AUGACAAGCACAAUAUCACGAACAUAUAGUGAUAUAUUGGUUGCUUGCACAUCUGGAAAAUGUUCAAUACCAUUCGAAAGUGCGCCUUUUGAGUUUGAACGCAGUGAUAAAACGAAAACAAUAAUUCAAGUUGUAGAAGGUGAAGGAAAAUACUUAAAAGAGAUGCCAAAGCAAGAAGAAGAGGAAGAAAAGAAAGAAUUUGAUCAAAUCGUUGAAUAUGACAUGAAAGGAAAGAAACCUGAUGACGUAUUAGAUGAUAUCUAUGGAGAAGUCAAGCAAAUCUCCCAACAUAUCAUACAAUUAAUGAAAUCCCUAUACGGUACUUCUGUUAUGCAAUUCAAAGCUUCUUUCGGGAUUUAUAACGAACCAAAGAAAAUUUUCAUUUUAGAAGGAGCUACAGCAGAAAACUUGAAAUCUGCGUUUGUCGCUAACUUGUUCGGAAAUAUACCUAAUGGUGAAUCCGAAUUCCAAUAUUUCAUGCAAUGCGCUAUAAAACCAGACUUUUUCAAACCACCAUGCAAAAAUCCCGUUCAUAAAGUUAAAAAGAUCCAAGUUAUAUACUAUCGCGCUCACAUAAAAUUCCCUUCAGUAAAUGAAUACAGAUUAUACAAAAUUAUUAAGGAAAGACUACAAGAUAUGGCUCCAAAAAUACUAUCAGAGACUGUUAAUGUAUGCAUUGAAUGCUCAAUUAACUAUGCUGGAGCAUAUAGAGAAGUAAAAGGUACAAAAUUGUCAAAUGGACAGCCAAAAGAAGUGGAUCCACAUGUAUUUGAAGCAUUAACACCUUUAGAAAUGUCCCACAGACGUACCUUGCCUACAGGAUUUACUCAAAACAUGCAUAAAGCGUAUUGUUUUACUGUAAACCUCAGAGAAUCUCCAUAUUCAGAGCAACCACUUACUAUUUACAAGAGUAAACCAGGGAAACCGAAAUACGAGAAAAUUGCCCCUCUAAAAACCUCCAAAGAUAAAUGGGUCGAAAGAUUAACAAAAUAUCAAACAGGAGGAGGCAAAAUUAGGGAAAUCAAGGAAGAACAACCUAACUAUGCCCAUGAUGAGAUCCAAAUUCCUGAUCCGAAACCUUUACCUCCAACAUAUUCGAUGAGACUUGCAAAGAAGGCUUAUGCGCCUAUUCCUUUCAAAUAUGACUAUGUAGAUAAGAAGAAGAAUGGAAAACAAAGGAAAAUUGACCAGAAAAAGAAACCUCAAAAAACAGAUCAAAAGAAGAAGCAAGAACAGAACGAAGAACAAGCUAAAAUGGAAGAAGAUGUAAAGGAAGAAGAGAAGCCAGAGGAAAGAGAAGUUGAAAAUCAGCCAGAAAAUACAAAAACAGAAAAUGGAGCUCAAGCUGAAAGAGAUGAAAAUGAAGAAGAUAAAGAAAAUCAAAAAGAAGAGGAAGAAGAAAAGAAAGAUGAGCCAAAACAAGAAGAAAAUCAAGAUUCAAAUCAAAAUCAAGAAAAUAAUGGAGAAAAGAAAGAUGAAAACGAAAAUACUGAAGCAAAACAAGAAGAAGAACAUAAUGAAAAGGAUGAUGAAGACGAGAAUUUAGAAAAUUCAGAAGGAGAUCCGAAAUAA